AUGCAGAGGGCACUCAUAUUUUUCUUCCUCUUUUUGUAUAUUAUAUGCGCCAGCGGACUACAACCAAGAAAUGAGCAGGCCAUGAACGUUUCCCCGAUCACACCCCGCGAUGUCUCAACUUCAAGCAAAACGACAUCUACUACCACAUCGGCCCCCUUAUAUCUCCCUGUCACAACAGUGGAGCCUGAUCCCCUCGGUAUGGCUAAUAUAAGUGGCCUCUACGGUCCAGGGUCUUGGGCAGGAUGGUUCCUAACGCUUGUGGCAUCCUGGAUUCGAAUCAUCCGCGUCUCGGAAGAGAAAGUCGACCCAAACACCGUCGCCUUCCUUUUUUGGACAAAUUGGGCCGCUGUUGAUGUCUGGCGAGGUGUUAAAACCACGCUCGACAUUCCACGAGAUGCACCCGAUUAUGAUGGUCGGGUCAAAAGUGGCUUAGGAUCUCUAGGCGCUGCGCUUAACUUUACGUUUUGGGGCACAUUUCACGCGCAGAUUCAGCUUUUGAUUUUGAUCAUCGUCUUUGGCUCAUCUGAAGACCAAGAUAGACGCUUGUUAGCUCAUACGAUCGGACUGGUUUUACCUUUAACAACUCUACUGGUUUGUUUCUGGUUAAAUCCCGAUACUCUCGAUACACCGGCAUUGUACUGGUAUGGAAUGGAAAGCUUCACACACGAGGAUUUGCUCCGUUACGCCAGUUAUACGGGAUAUUCAAGCAUACCAAUCGUCAUUUGGUUGGUCUAUAUCACGAUGCCUGCAGUAUUGCCCAAACGCGCUAUGGAUUUGAUAAAUCUCACGAUUGAAUGGGUGGAGACAACAGAUAGGCUUCACAAUUUAGUCGGAAUAUUUGGAAUUUUAUCCAUCAUCACAUUCGUUAUCUCAAUCGCUAUGGUAAGCUCUACAGGUAGCGUUAAUUGGAUGUUUGGAAUUUUGCCCGUCGGUGUCUUUUUAUUUAUCUUCCAAUUUGGUUUAAAUUUCUCGAGGACGGUUCCAAUGUUAUGCCUAAUGUCGGUUUUAAACGCCGGGUGGUACUUAUUUAUUAUUGGGACGUAUGCUAUAGUAUAUGUGUCCAAAGCCUACCUGAGCGGAAGUGUGGAGCGUUCAAAAUCGUGUUUCUUUAUGCCGUGUGCUCCGCAGUCGAUCACAGACGAAGACCAGUUGCAGCCUCUGGUUGUAGGUCUAGCGCUACUUCUUGGGUUCGACUUACUCCCGGUUAUUUGGAGGAAAGUCAAAGCACGGUAUGCAGAGCGGAAAGAGUUUGUCCGGGAUACAGAAAGGCGGGUGGCGGAGCUUCAAAUGAGACGACGUCUAUGA